UGUACUUAAAGUAUAAUCCUUUGUUUUAAAUAAUGUAUUAGAUGUCAAUUACGUUAUUACGCUAUUACGCUAUUAUGUUUCUUGAUUGAUUACAACCAAAUGGAUAGCGCACUUCUCAGUCAAAUUCAAGGCGGGAAGAGGCUCAAAAAGUCACAGACGGUUCGUUUUGUUGUCAUAUGCUAGAGACACUCCCUUAAUAUCCCUUAGAAUGAUAGAUCAGCCCCUGCGGUUGAUGGUGGAGUCGUAGGCGAACAAAAGAGCAGUGCAGGCAGUACGGGCGGUGGCGGAGGAGUCACGAAACAAGCGUCUGCUGCUGCCGCUUCAUCUGGGCCACAGCUCGGGGGUAUCUUCGCCGGUGUCGGGAUGCCAAAACUUCGUCCAACUGGAUCCCAGCCAAUUAGUGUGUAUUAGUGUUGCUUUGUGUGUUACACGCUGACUUAUACUAUCAGAUAAAGGUGCAUUAGCAAAGCCUCCUUCGAUACCCAAACCACCGUCUCAGGUACCUCCAGCGCCUCUAGUUCCUAGUCCAGCAGCAAGGCCGCCAAAUCCGCCAAAUCCACCAGGGAGGUCUAUGCCAGCAGCUCCUCCAGGAAGGUCUACACCAGCGGCUCCUCCAGCGAGGGCAACACCACCACCACCGGCGAGAGGAACGCCGGUACCACCUGCACCACCUGCAUCAUCUACCCCUCCAGCACGUACGACUCCUCCAGCACCACCAAUAGGAAGAUUACCACCACCCGUUCCCCCAGUAGCCGCUGCACCCACUAAGAAGCCACCACCACCAGCACCAAAGCCAAAACCAAAGCCACCUGCGCCAGCAGCACCGCCGGCUCCAGCAGCGCCACCUUCUCAGCCACCCCGCGUGUUGCCUCCUGGUCCACCACCAGGUCAGCCAGCACGGUCAAUUCCCCCACCACCACCAAGCAGACCUUCUCCUCCGCCCGCACCGCAGAGGAAUGCACCACCAAGCCUGCCAUCAAGGACUCCAAGUACAGCUUCGUGAGGGCUUAUUUGUAAAAUUUUCACAGCUAACAAGCUAUAGACGACCACCGCCUCCACCUCGCCCAACAGGAGGAACAGCGAAAGCAGCACCACCACCACCACCUCGACCAGGCAAUAGCGCAAAUACGACUCGGUGAGUAAAACUAUUGAUGACUAAACUUUCUAACAAGGUAGGGCACCACCUCCACCGCCUCCAAGAGGUACCAACAGUGGUGCUAACACGGGUGUCUCAAAUAUAGCAAAUGCAAUCGCAAAUAAGCCGCCUCCGCUGAGGUCCGCCAACCAAGCACCUCGUCAAGCACCUAGUCAAGCGCCUAGUUUACCUUCAAGGGCAUCCCCAGCAGCUCAGAGUGAAGCACCAGCGCCAUCACAGCCAAUUCUACCACCACCCCCUCUUCGUACAGCUACCGUACGUAACGUUAAUAAGAAUCCUGACGGGAAUACGAUACCUAGAAGUACAACGCCUCCUGCAAACAUAGGAGAGUAUCAAUUCCCGUCACAUUUAGAUAUACCCGACCCUAGACCGUUCGAAAGGACGACAUUGACUUAUCCAAGUGGUAGAAACAAAGCGACGAACUUUGAUGUAAAGCAACUUGUAUAGGUGUGCUUAUAUAGGUGUACUUGUAUGAUGUUAAUGCGAUGGGAGGGGAGUUUUCGAUGAAUA